UGUGCCUAGUCCUUUCUCCUCCUUUCAUUCUCCCGGUAGUACAUCUGUCUGUCCCUGUCUCGUCUUGCCUCCUCCUGUCUCACACGCUUGCUCUUUUACUUGUAGAUUGCUCAGUCUGCCCUGCAGCCUCCAUUGAAGGGCUGAUUCUCCUCCCUCCCUCUUCACCUCUCCCUAAUGCUUAACAUGAUCUUUCGCUCCGUGUGCUACCUUGGCCACAUCUUUUGCUGUAGAACUUCUCUACCCCAGAGUGGAGCUGGUCAUGUCUGUCCUCCCCUCUCCCCACUGUAGACCCUUCUUACUGUCUGCUUGCCUUGUCUAGUUCCCCCUUUUGAAUUUCCCUCUUUCUCCAUUUUAUUGGCAUCUAUCUCCUCUGCCCCCCAUCCCCACCAAGCUGAAUGUGACGGCCCCAUCUUCAACUUUGGCCCCAGGAUGUCGGCCCUACAGAAGUUGGAGAACUUGGCUUUGCGGGUGUUCAGCCGUGGCACCCGCAGUCCAGCGCCAGGGAGGGAGUCGGGGCCUCCUGCCAGCCCUCCGGCACCCAGUCUGCCCAGCAACGUGCUAAGCUGGGAUCGGGAGAUGAAAGAAUUCCUAGCCAAAGCAAAGGAAGACUUUUUGAAGAAAUGGGAAAACCCAGCACAGAACACUGCUCAUUUGGACCAGUUUGAACGCAUCAAGACUCUGGGCACAGGCUCCUUUGGGCGGGUGAUGCUUGUAAGACAUAAAGAGAAUGGGCAUCAUUAUGCUAUGAAGAUCCUGGACAAGCAGAAGGUGGUGAAAUUGAAGCAGAUUGAACACACGCUGAAUGAGAAGCGGAUCCUACAGGCUGUUAACUUCCCUUUUCUUGUUCGGUUGGAGUAUUCAUUCAAGGACAACACUAACCUGUAUAUGGUUAUGGAAUAUGUAGCAGGGGGUGAGAUGUUCUCUCACUUGCGCCGGAUCGGACGCUUCAGUGAACCUCACGCCCGAUUCUAUGCAUCUCAGAUUGUAUUAACUUUCGAAUAUCUGCACUCUUUGGAUCUAAUCUAUAGAGACCUGAAACCAGAAAACCUGCUCAUAGACCAGCAAGGUUACAUCCAGGUGACAGAUUUUGGUUUCGCCAAGAGAGUCAAAGGAAGAACUUGGACUCUAUGUGGGACCCCAGAAUACUUGGCCCCCGAAAUCAUUCUCAGCAAGGGAUAUAAUAAAGCUGUGGACUGGUGGGCGCUCGGUGUCCUGAUUUAUGAGAUGGCUGCAGGUUAUCCUCCGUUCUUUGCAGAUCAGCCCAUUCAGAUCUAUGAAAAGAUUGUAUCUGGGAAGGUACGCUUCCCUUCUCACUUCAGCUCUGAUCUGAAGGAUCUUCUCAGAAACCUUUUGCAGGUUGACCUUACCAAACGAUUUGGGAAUCUGAAGAAUGGCGUGAGUGAUAUCAAGGGCCAUAAAUGGUUCAGCACCACGGACUGGAUUGCAGUCUAUCAAAAGAAGGUGGAGGCACCCUUCAUACCCAAAUGCAAAGGGCCGGGUGACACAAGUAAUUUUGAUGAUUACGAAGAGGAAGAGAUCAGAAUCUCCAUUACAGAUAAAUGCGCCAAAGAAUUCUCAGAGUUCUGAAGAGCGCCCUGAUAGCAGGAGCCAUUACUCAAGACUUCCCGCGAUCAAGUGAGACCGAUGGAGAGAGCGCCACUGACCGGCACACAAACUUCUCCUUCCCUUUCACACUCCCCACCUCUCUAGCUUUUUAUUAGUGGUGCAGAUUCAACUUGGAGGCCAUCUUAUUUUAUCCUGGAUCUGGUGGUGCUGGUUUCGAUUGGUCCUGGAGAAUACUCCAUUCUCUGUCAUACCCCACCUCGCUCACACUUUUGCUUCUCUCCUUGACAGAUCUAAGGGGCCAAGAGAGUUAUUUAAAUGUGAGUGGUUCCUCAAGGGUGGAGCCAGAACCUUUGGGGCAGGCCCAUAUCCCUCAGGAGUUGGGGCCUGUUAUUAUAUAUAUUUUUUCUUUUUUCUUUUUUUUCUUUUUUUUUUUUAAACCAUUUUCAUUCGAAGAGCUUGGCUACUGGUUUUAAUCAUUUAGUUUACAUAGUUUAUAAAUAAUGAACUGUUUUAAUCUGAAUUCUUUCCCCACUGAUCACUGUCCGGUUUCCUAGCUUUCCCUGUCCUAGAAUGACUUUUAAACUGAAAGUGCCAGUUUUUACCCCCACCUUACACCACUGUUUAGUUCACGUAGCACAUUUUUGCCUCUGUAUUAACCACUUCUCCCAUCAUCAAUGCCAUAAUAUUUGUCUGAUAGGUCCUUUAUUGGUGUUUAUACACAAAACCAGAAUAAUAAGGGGGGGGGGGGUAUUUAAAGUAAGUUAUUUACCAAUCCUCAGCAUUUUCUGAAAGGGAGGCUGGUGGCUGUUGGGCUGCUUCUGUGGGUUUUGCCAUCCCUGUUGUCUUUGAGUGCCAUUUUACUGGCGAGUCCUGUUGGAAAAGUCAUGAGGGACUUGAUAUAAUUCAGCUGCAGUUGUAGCUUAACUUGAAACAUUUGGGAAUUGAUGGCAAUACAGCAGUCGUGGUAUCUCAAAGUACCAGCAUACGUUUUCGGCUAUAGUGAGGCUUCUUUGUCGAGGACAAAGUCAGUUGAUGUGGUCCUUCAUUCUGUUUUAAAACGGAGCUAAAUCAAGCCUUCAAAUAUGUAGUAAGCCUAGAAUUAUUUUUUUUCCUGUCCUGUUUACCUGUACCAAUUAACGAACCUUUCAGUUAAUGGGAGUGUUUUUUUUUUUUUCAAUAAUACUGGGCACCUUGAAGGUCUCUCCCAGUCCACUUUGCACUACAGGUAUUGUCUUUUUUUUGUUUUAUUUUUCUCAAAUGAGUGGAUACUCUUGUGGAAUUUGUUCAAUGUUACAAAAAAAAAUGGGCAGUAUAUAUAAAUAUAUAUGUGUUUUAUCUCCAGCAUCAACAUUGCUAUCCUAUUGUCUCAGCUUGGAGAUCUCAAACUGCCCCUUUUUUAUGGAGGUUCAUAUCUUUGAUGGAAUUAAGUUUCUAGUAGAGCACAAUUUUGAAGUUGAUGUCAUAAGAAGGUUUUUGGUAGCUGGAAAGACGGGACCGUAAAGCUCUCUGCUUUAUUCAUUUGGGUACAGACUCUGAAUAGCAUCCCAAAAUCUAUUUUGGGGAUCUCAAAUUGGCAAAAACAGCCUUAAUUUUAAUGGCCUGUUUCCAAAGGCACUCCUUGUGGUCCUAGAACAAUGGCAUGUUGACGGGGCUGUUUUGAACAAAUUGGCACACGGGGGGCUCCUGUGGUUAAAACAAAGAAGCACUUCUAUUGAGUGUAAUAUAAUCAAUAAUGGUGGAUCCACAGAACAUUAGGUGAAAUGGGUCUUUGGUAAUUUGUGACUUUAAUAACCAUAAUCAUGCCCCCCAUGAUCCGCAUACUAGGGUCCUGGGACAAUUUUUCUGAUUUAUUACAUAAUAAUGUACAUUCUGCUGAGCUAAAUACUACUUCGGAAGUAAUACCAAGUCCCCAGCUGUGCUGUGGCUUUAAAGACUCAAGUUGGGAGGGUCAGUUUUGGAAAGGACCAUCCAGCAUGAG